CAUCAGACUGUCAGCAGGUGGACAAUGUACGAGACCGUGAAGACCGCAUUCCCUGUACUGGAGAGGGGAUGUAGUUCCGGGUCUACGUGCGGGCUACUGUUAAUGCAUCGCGUCUUAACUGCAAUUAAUGCGAUACUUUUUGUUGUGGGACUUGAAAUUGUCGAGAUUUCACCAAAAAGCCUAGCGGUAGAAUGUGUGAACACGGGCGAAGGCGUGGAGGACGACAUCGACUACACCAAGGAAUCGGAGGCGGCCAUGAUAAUGUACCUUCUCUUCAGGCAGCAUUUGUGUGUAAUUCGACUAAAUGCUUCAAAAUUGGUAGGCAAAAGUACCGUAAUGUUUAGAGAUUUGAUUUUGUGCGGCAUACACCAAAAUUCGUCUAUUAGAGAAUUGGUUGUAGAUGAAACUUGCACGGAAACCGACAUGUCUGACAUGGCGUACGUAACCGUGGGCAUGAUGGAUCUGCAUCGGGCCAUUGAACACCUCCGUAAUCUACGUAUCGUAAAUAUAAAUAUCACCACCAUGUCUCACGCAUUCACAAAUCACCUGUUGAGGUGGAUAUCAGAGUUUCAAAUCGGACCGGAGGAGUUAUGCUACGAAACUGAUUUUGUAGAUCUGAGGUCCGUGCAAGCGAUGCUAGAGAGGCCGGGCUGCGCCCUCAAAAUCUUGCACUUUACCGGAGGUAUAAUAGAGGCCGAUUUUCUGCGCGCAAUGAAGUCUAUCAGACGCCUAAAGUUGAUUGGCGUUUCCUUCCAGAACGAGGCCGUCGUCGAAUUGGCGCGAUUGUUGAUGAAGACAAAUUGCAUGAUCGAGACGCUCGAUCUCAAUUUCACCAACCUAACCGACGAUACGGCAUCCUAUCUGGCUGAGGUCGUUGCGCAUAAUCGGUCUUUAAUCGAAAUUAAUCAAAGAGAUAACCUAGCCUUGUCUACGCGCAGCCUACGGGCUUUGAUAGAGGCUCUAUCUAUCAACAAGAGCCUACACGUCAUGAGGCUUGGUUACGUGACAGAUUUCGGCGAAUUGGCGCAGCUGGCCAUCGACCGAGGUCAGUGCCAGCGCUUACAUUUGGCCGUUUUGCUUAAGAGCCGCAUAAAUGUAGAAUUAUUGGCACAAUUUAAAUACGUAACCAUCGACCAUGUAAUGUCACGUGAGGUUCACCAAUAUCUCGGUGAGACUUAGUAAAACAUAUAAAAUAGCGCAACAGGAACAAGGACAAGAAGUAAACAGGACAGGCGCUCGGUGAGAC